GCCAUAUUGAGGCCCCGCCCUCCCCUUGACUGUCUCAGAGCGCGCCACCGCCGCUGGAGACCUCCGAGGUAAGCCGCGCAAUCUGCAGGAGCUCGCGUAUCGUCGCCAGCCUGUCGAGGGCCCUAACGGUGACCUGGUUCCUGUUCAGAGUGGAAACGAGGCCUGUGCGGCCCACGUCAGGAGGGUGGUCCUUUGGUACAGACAACCAAAUACCAAUUAAACAGGAGAAGAAUGGCGUUGAAGCAGAUUUCCAGCAACAAGUGCUUCGGGGGAUUGCAGAAAGUUUUUGAACAUGAAAGUGUGGAGCUAAAAUGUAAAAUGAAAUUUGCUGUCUACUUACCACCAAAGGCAGAAACUGGAAAGUGCCCUGCCCUGUAUUGGCUCUCUGGUUUAACUUGCACAGAACAGAAUUUUAUAACAAAAUCUGGUUACCAUCAAGCUGCCUCAGAACACGGCCUCGUUGUCAUCGCUCCAGAUACCAGCCCUCGUGAAUGCAAUAUUAAAGGAGAAGAUGAUCACUGGGACUUCGGCACUGGCGCGGGGUUUUAUGUGAAUGCUACUGAAGAGCCUUGGAAAACAAACUACAGGAUGUACGCUUACGUAACAGAAGAGCUUCCCCAACUCAUAAAUGCCAAUUUUCCAGUGGACCCACAAAGGAUGUCUAUUUUUGGCCACUCCAUGGGAGGCCAUGGAGCUCUGAUUUGUGCUUUGAAAAACCCUGGAAAAUACAAAUCUGUGUCAGCAUUUGCUCCACUUUGCAACCCAGUGCUCAGUGCUUUGGGCAGAAAAGCCUUUACUGGAUAUUUGGGAACAGAUGAAAGUAAAUGGAAGACUUACGAUGCAACUCAUCUGGUGAAGUCUUACCCAGGUUCUCAGCUGGACAUACUGAUUGAUCAAGGAAAGGAUGAUGAGUUCCUUUCAGACGGACAGCUCCUCCCCGAUAACUUCAUCGCUGCCUGCACAGAAAAGAAAAUCCCCGUUGUUUUUAGAUUACAAGAGGGUUAUGAUCAUGGUUACUACUUCAUUGCCACCUUCAUUGCUGAUCACAUUAGACAUCAUGCAAAAUACCUGAAUGCAUGAAAACUUCAGAUGAAGGGAUCUCUGCAAGAUUAUAAUUGCCGAGAAAAGAAGAGUGUUAAAUACAGGGUUUCAUAAUGCUAAAAGAGCUUCCUUCUACAGUUGAAUCACCUUCUGAAUGAAUACAUAAAGCAUGUUUCUGAUUUUUUUACCAUUGUUCACAUAGGAAAACCUUAAUAAUUUACAACUUUCUUGCUGUCAUUUGGAAGUCUUUGUUGUAUUAUCCUCAGGUCACAGAAUAUGAGUAUAAUUCUGUUCAAAUCAUAGAAUGCUAACUCUGGAACAAAGGAUUUAAAAAUUAUAUAAUAAGUCCCUGACUUACGAACCAGUUCCAUUCUGGAGAACAUUCGUAAAUCAGAUCCAUUGUAAGUCAUGAAAGUGAGUCUUACACACCUUUGACACAAAUAUACAGUGUAAAGCAUAAAAAACCUAACACAAAAAUACUGUAAAUUAUUUGUACUUUUACAGUUACCUUAAAGUAUACACAUGUGCUAAAUUAGGAAUGUUCCUAAUGGAAGAUUGGUUCACCUGUGAAAAUUCACAGCUCAAAUGUUUAUAAGUCAGGGACUUAGUAAGAUUCAAUCUGAAAUGGCUGAAGGAAACAUGCAUUUCAUAUGUUAUUGUAAUUAUAUGGUUUUCCCUAAUCAUAUGCAGAAAUUUAACUUGGUAAACUCAUCAAGCAAAGUAAUUGAGUUUUUUGUUAAAUAACAAAUUGUGUUUCUUUAUAAACUUAAUAAAACUUGAAACAACUGGUUUGCUUUGGUAA